AUGGAAAAGGAAAGACAAGAUAAAUACAAAUAUAAUCCAAAUCGAUUUAUAUGUUCUAUUUGCUUAAACAAACAUUCAUCUAAGGAAGACAUGAGGUACACUGAAUCUUGUAAAAGAAAAUCUAAAUCUUGUCCCAUAUGCCAAAAAAAUAAUGGAAAAGCUGGAGAUAAGGAAAGAGAUGCACAAGAAGUCGGCAUAAAUGGGAAAAACGUACAAACUUCUCAACCCGAUGUCACUCAAGGUUUAAAUUUAUUAAACGAAGUUCUGACUGUGUUCCAAAAUAAAAAGCAAUCUGAGAUUAAAAAAGAUAAAAGUAAGACAAUAAUAUUAAAAGAUGCAUGUGUCGGUACUGAAAGAAUCACACCAAAGUUGAGUGUAAGCAAAAUGUUUCUUUAUUCCAUAGAAGAAAAUGGUAAUAACAGUGGUAAAUGCGAAGUUAUUAACUGUCAGCCAGAAAGUAAAUCGCAAUUUUCGAUAGAUUUGUUCAAACAUAAAUCGUCAUCUAUCCCACAAAUGAAAUUGGACGAACUGAAAAAUAGUUUGAGACAAAAAAAGACAUCGAAAGACGCUAUCGAAGAAGUUAAUAGAAUCUUUGCAACUGUUCGGAAAUUGGACACGACCGACCCAAAUAGACCGAUGAUUCGAAAUGGACCACGAGUGUUGCCUGUCGUGAAAAUUGAAAAUAAGUUCUCUGAGAAUGAUGAUGCAGCAACACUAAAAUGUAACUGUCAAAAUUAUAAAAUGUCAAGUGGGGAUUCCUUUGAAUGUUGCCAUAAAAAUAAAAGAAAUGAUGAAACUUUUUAUAUGUGCUGCCAUUAUCAACAUUGUUUAAAUGUUGAAUAUUGUGUAAACUGUCGUAAGGCGUUUGAUCAAAAUAAUAUUGUACACAACCAU